AAUGAAUAGGAUCUGAUGUCUCUAACACAGUAAUAAUAUGAAUAUUUCUUCAUGUAUAUAGUGUAUAUAUGGAAAGUGAAAUUAUGUCUAUUGUUGCCACUUAGUUGACAAAGAUGUCUUCACCUAAAAAUAUAAAAAAGAGAAAACUGCCAGGGUGGAUGGGAGUUGCAUCAAAGGAAGAGAGUGACCUUUGGAAAUUGGAAAGAGACUUUGAUUUCAAAGUCCGUGAGAUUAUUCGACAAGGGAUGGUAGACCUCUCAUUGCUAGGCAACCAGGUGUUAUCAACCAAUGAGAAAUGGAGUUUGGACAAUUUAGUAAGACAUCUGCUCCACAGGUGUCUAGACAAGGACCCUGCUGGAAGGAAGGGAGAUUGGGAUGACUGGUCAAUGACAGAUGUUAUGAGAAAGUAUGCUGCUACUGAUGCAUAUGCAAGUCUACUGGUUUACAAUGAAUUACAAAAGAGGGCACUGAAAGCAUCGUGAUGUCAUAAAUAACCAAUGUACUUAUCAACAAUGAUGGCGUUAUGAAUGAUGAAAUUUGAAGUGUUUAUGGAGGUGAUUACCACCAUUAUUCGAUGACAUAAUGAAGACGUCAAAUGACUGAGUGAAAAAAUGAUGGCAUUUUCAAAUUCAAAUGAGAUGUAAAAGUUAUCUUAUUGAAUGAACAUUCCUCAAAAACUAGCAUUGUCUAAAGGAUACCAUAUUGUAUUACGACAGCCCAUUGUUGAGUUAAAAGAACACAUGUUUAUCCUAAAAUGUUUGUUCAUCCAAAGACGAGGGGUGUAGUAAAGCUAUACAAUGUACGUAUAUGGGUAUAGAUGAUUAGGACUGCAAUUUACUGCAGUGUCAGCGUUCAUUUGU